AUUAAGCGCGUUGGGUCUGAUUUGCAGGAGCGUUCUGUUUCUGUACCUGCCUCUACCACUGUUGAACCAGAUAUCAUUCGUAAAGUUUCAUCAGAUGAAACUGAAGCGCUUGUCGCUUCAGUCACAGAAACCGUCACCAUCUCUGCUUACGGUGCUGGGCCAUCCUCCUCAUCUUCCCAUCAGCCAGAACCCGUAGCCAACUUUUCUGUUAUUGAGCAUACCACUCAAGCUGAUGCCCAAUUAAUUAAGGCUGUUGCAAUAGAAACAAAUUUGGAGAAGAAUACGACAAGAAUUGAGCUUGAUCAUUUCGACUCAAUUGCGAUAAACAAUUUACCUAGCUGUGUCGGAGAAGCAGAAGCCGUCAAACAAGAGGCACUGCCGAAUGAAGACCAAUGUACUAAGAAAGAUGAAUCAGAAAUUAACUUGGAUACUCUAUCUGUUUCUCGUUCUGAUGCGUCAGAGGUGGUUUUACCGAGAUCGCCCUUUAUUAGUCCAUCUGAAGGCAUUUCUGAAACGAAUGCUCCAGAUACACCCACAUCUGUGGCAUUACCUAUCCGUGCAGAACCAACUUUCUCAACAAGUCGCCUGAUGGCUAUGUUAGAGGCUCGUCGCAGAGGUUGUGUACAGGAGGUCCGUUCACCGGUGACCUGGGAUCCCCAGGUUAGGGCCGCACAGGUUUGCGCGAUUGGCAUCGGUAUCGCACUCAUCUUCAUAGUUCUUCGUCGACUUUUGUUGCUAUUCCUUAUACCCUCAAACUGA